GCAGAGCUUGCUGUCAACAGUCAAGGUAAGACCACAGAGUUUCUGAAACAAAGAGUUUAAUUUUCCUUUAAAAUCAAAUUAUUCUAUUUGUUAACUCAGUAUUAUCUGAUUUCAGUUAAAAUACUGAACAAUGGUUACUGACUGAUUCUUUUGUUUAUAUCAGUUUUGGUGUCCACGUUGUCAAACCCUUCUCUGUAGAUGGCUAAGCUUUGGCCUCUCUUGCUCCUGUGCUGGGCAUGGAGUCCUCUGUGUGUGCCGUCCAGUAUCAGCUUCACUGGUACUCCUCAGGAGUGUGAAAAGGCUCACUUUGUGCCUGGCUACAACCUGGGAGGAGAAGGUUUUGACAUUGUCACAAUGGAGCGGAAAGGGGCCUAUGUAAUUGAUACUGACUCCUGGAAGCUCGGCAAUGGCACCUGCAAGCUUUACAGAAACUCCUACAUGGAGGGUGAAAUCCAGAAGGUCCCGGCUGCAGUGGAGGACUGGAGAGUCCUUCCCAAGUGCAGUUCAAAAAUCUCCAGUACAGUCUAUGACUCGGUUGAAACCCUUGUCAAUGCGUCCACAUCGUCUGUGUCCAAUGACUGGAAAAUCGGCCUUGAGAUCCCUGUGCCUAGUUCUGCCACUCUUGGGGUUGGCUUUGGAGGUUCCCACUCCAGAGAAUCUACCUUUGCCAUGGAGAAGUCCAAAAGAGACCACUACACCUUCAUGAGGCACUCAGUCCACUGUAGCUUCUACCGGUGAGUACGCAGUCAGAUUUUUUAACCAUCCUGUCACAAACUCUGCAUGUCUCUGUGUACUUCACUGUUUUUAAGCCAUCACAACUUUGAGAUAGCCAUCCAUGCUCUAAUCAGUUCAAGAUCAAACUGUUGUAAUGCACUUUAUGUUGGCAUCUCCCAAUCAUGUCUUAGUUGCCUUGUAUAGUUAACUUGUAUAAAAUGCUGCUGCCCGUCUUUUAACAACAAACACUAACAGACAUGAGCACAUCACUCCUGUCCUUAGCUCCCUUCAUUGACUUCCCGUCUCUUACAGGAUUAAUUUUAAACUUUCAAUGUUUGUUUUUAAAGCUUUUAAUGGCCUCGUCCCCAUUUAACUGAGCUUUUAACUAAGCCUGGUAGAGCUUUGAGGUUGUCAAACUAACUUCUGCUGGAAGUGCCCAGAUCAAAAUACAAACACUGGGGUGACCGAGCCUUUUCAGUUGCUAGUCCGAGGCUCUGGAAUUAGCUCCCCACCGAAAUGGCACUUAUUUCUGACCUGGGCCUUUUCGAAUCUCCACUGAAAACGUAUUUAUUUAUGCAGGCUUUUAAAACCCAGAACGGUGGUGACACUUUUACUUUAUUUUAUUGCGUUGUAUUUUAUUCUUUUUUAUUUUAUUGCUUUAAUUGUUUUUAUAGCUUUUUAUUGUUUUUAUUUAUUCAUUUAAUUUACUAUGUAUUGUAAAGCACUCUGGUUUACCGAACGGGUUGUUGUAAAGGGAUGUAUAAAUAAAGAACAUAACCAUUUACAUUUAAUAUAAGGCUGUGAUAGACUGAGACUAAUGUUGCAUUUCUCAUGCUUCGUAGAUACAGAAUGAAAACCAAUCCGUCUUUGAGUCCUGACUUUCAAUCAGCAGUGAGCUCCCUUCCUCCAUAUUCAUCCAAAACAGUCCUGACGUAUCGCAGAGCCAUCGACACCUAUGGUACACAUUACAUCACACAGGUGUAUCUGGGAGGGGAAAUAAAAGCAACCACUUCAGUCAGGACCUGCGAGUCAUCCGUUAAUGGACUUUCCACAACCGAAGUCAGUGACUGUUUGUCAGUUGAGGCCUCAGCCAGCUUUGCAAGCACUGCCAGCAUCAAGGCUAUGACCAAGCACUGUGAUGCAAAAAAGAAGAAGUUAGGCCAUGGUCAGAGUUUUAGCAGUACAUUUAGUGAGCGCAGCACUGAGGUCACUGGAGGAGAUAUUACUGAAGUUAAUGUCCUCUUUGAAGGGCAGGCCAACCCUACUGUCUAUAACAACUGGCUCCGUUCACUGAAAUACACACCUGAUGUGAUUCAAUACAAAAUCCAGCCCCUCCACACCAUCCUGCCAACAAGUCAUCCUGCCAGGGCCGGACUCAAGCGAGAGGUGGAGCAGUACAUCAAGAGAAAUGCAGUGCUGAAAAAAUGCUCAGAAACCUGUAAGAUCGGACACCAAUCUGCCAAAAGGGAUCCUUGUGCUUGUGUUUGCAACAGUAAUCAGCACAUCAAUGCCAACUGCUGUCCUACAGGAAAAGGUCUGGCCACACUGAAAGUGUUUGGGCUCUAUGCACGAGGUUUGUAUGGUGAUAAGUGGACCAAGACAGAUGGUUCAGUGGAGGUGAAGUAUGACCAUCAGAUCAAGCGUACUGUCAUCAUCAGUAACAACGACAACCCAAAAUGGCCGGAGAAGUUUCUAUUUGGACAAAUCACCAUCAACAUGAAAAACAGACUGACGUUCAGUGUGUAUGAUGAGGACACACGCUGGAACAGUGAUCGUCUUGGCACAUGUUCAUUUAUUCUGCGUGGUGGAAGCGUAAGUGACUCCUGUAUGUUCAGUCAUGGUACCUUCUUCUUCUCCUACAUAGUGGAGUGUGCAGUUGGUCUUGGUGGUGACCAGUGUCAGGAGUACAAGCCCGCCCCUAUGAGUGAAUCUCUGGCCAAGGUUUUCUACACCAGAAACGGGGUCCUUAGUGGAGAGGUGGGAAUGAAAAUGGAGGCCAGUGAAUCAGUCAUUCAGGUUGAGGUCAACUGAUUUCAUAAUUAUGUCGUUUUAGUGAAAAUGAUCUUUCCUUUUUUUUUUUUUUGUGAGAGUGACUUCAUCUUAAAACAGCAAUACAUUUUCAUUCAGUUCCUUCCACCAUUCAUCACACAUGGUCAAUCAUAACAUUUGCUCUGACACACUUUGUUCUGCUUUUGUCCUCUUUGCUACAAAGUCUGCAAAUAAAGCAUCGCCAAAGACAACACAACUGUCUGUCAGAUUUUAUUCUGUAGUUAUAUUCUGCUUGGAAAUUGUCAAUACAAAAUGUGUCAUGCUUUUCCCUUCUCUUACGUUGAAAUGCAAUAAAACCUACAGGUAGUCUGAUCAUAGUGUAAACCUUAUCUCCUGUGUGGCAACUUAUUUUGCAGUCAAGCCAACUUUAAAUAAAGGAUGCCCCCCCCCCCCCCCCCAAAAAAAAAAGGGGGGGGGGGGGCAGAAAAAUUAUGAUAAAAUGCUGCAGUGCAAUUUAAAAAUAUAAUUUGACUAUCAUGUUAUAACGGUGAUGCUGUUAUAUCUUAAAUAAAUGCAGGAGGGAUGAAAUGUAUUACAAUCAUGUUAAAUGGCAGACAAUAUCAAGUAACCUGUUAUUAUUUCUAAAGGGAUCUAUUCAAAUCGCUAGUCCACCAAAAAUAAUAGCACUGUUGAUCUGAAAUGUUAAAAAAGAGGUGAGGCACAUUCGUUAUCUAAUUUACUAUUUGCAAACUUGUUGUAAUAAUGUUUCUUUGAAAAACAUAUGAAAUUAAUGUGACUGUUAAACCUGAAUGUGAAAUGUGAAUUCUAAAUAAUAAAUGUUAAAUUUUAGAGUUUUAAGUAUAAUAUGUAAUGUUAGGUUCGAAUGCACAAAAUGAAUCCGGAUGUUAAAUGUUAAACAUUAAUUCAAUGUUAAAGUUCAGUGCCAUUAUUUAGAGGCAGUACUUUCCUUUAAGACACAUAUGUCAGAGUCAAGGCCCGCGGGCCACAUCCGGCCCGCGAGAAGGUUUUUUACGGCCCCUGGGAUGAUCUUGAUUUAUUAUUAGAACCGGUCCGCAGACCGCAGCAAGCCGGCAGCCCGCAGAUCUUUUACACGCACCAAUACUACAUUUCCCACAAUGCAACGGUGACGCACCGAGCAGUAGGCUGCUUCAUUUCAAUAUUUAUUAGCACAGCAGUCGUCAGCAUAACAGUAAAAUUAACUUUCAGAUACCCAUCAAAAAUGGCAAAACGGAAGGUGGACACUGAGAACCGGGGGUUUCAAACAAGGUGGGAGUCUGAGUAUAUGUUCACGGAGGUAGCUGGAAAACCUGUGUGUCUUCUGUGUGGAGAAAGUGUGGCGGUACUGAAAGAGUAUAAUCUGAGACGACAUUAUGAAACGAAACACGCGGACAAAAACAAAAUUAUAUUUUGAAAAUAAUUCAGUUAAGUGGAUGAUAGAAAAUUGCUAUUAUUUUUUUCUUUGAAGUAAAUUUAGCCCACUUUUGCUAAAAUAGAAAAUAUAGGCUACUGAUGGUGCCUUGAAUAAUACCGGUUUCUUUCAUUUAAUGUUCAUGUUAUGGGGAUUUUUAUAUAAAGGAAAUUUGUCUUUUGUGUCUGUUGAAAAUUAAAGAUUACUGACAGAGCCAGAAGAAAAUAUUGCUUUAUUUAUCUGAUCAUAUUGGAAUAUAUUUGUUAGGUUUUCAGUAGGUUCAAUUAGGUUCACUAGACUAUAUGCGUCAUUUAAAAAAUUUUCAAUGAACAUUCCAUCAGUCCGGCCCUCGGCUUGUAGCUAAAUUUUUUAUUUGGCCCUCCGUCCAUUUGACUUUGACACCCCUGCUUUAAGAAAACCUGUUGGGAAAUUACUGUUUAAGAGGCGUUUACAACAAUGGCUCUUUUCAUGUCAGUGGUUGCUGUCGUAACCUUCCUCCUGCGUUAGCUUUUACUACGCACCCGCUAUGUUAAGGGCUGGUUUCGACCCGUGUCUUAAAUCAGCUACAAGUUACACUAAAAACAUUUCUCUAUCAUCCAGUUUGGUUCUAAUCUCAAGGUUACCUUGUUAGGCUUCAUUAUCGAUGAAAUAUUGCUUAUAAUAUUAUUUGUUGUGGGUCUCUGGGCCUUCCUUUGUCAGUAUACCCUUAUAUUGAUAUCUUUACUGAAUUGAUCUCACAUGUCUGGACAUGCCCAACGUUGUUUUUUGCACAGGGAAAAUAUAGCAAAAUGAGAGUUUACUAAAUCUCACAUGAUUGGAAGAGGAUCUGACUGUCAGUGUGGUGCCUGGCAGUGCACAUAUGAUUUUAGCUUUGGCUCUCAUUAUUGGAUAUUAAUCUAACCGGGUCAACAGCGACUCUAACAUGACAAGUGCCAUAAUUUUAAUAAGAGCAUUUUAUAAUUUAGUCAAUUUAAUUUUUAAAAUUUUUACUCUGUAGAAAUAGAGGUUCCCGACAAAGUCAAAACCUCUUGAUGCAAAAUAGCUAAUUUAAGUGGAUCUGUUAAGCAUUUAAAUCAAAAACGGGUUGGUGCAGAUCCUAACACACGAGGAGGGUUAAGUCUGCAAAAGCUAUCUGCUAAAGCACUUAAAGAUGCAAUGUUGGAUUUGACAGGUCUCUGAUGUUUUGGGGUAUCUGAGCUCAUCUUAUUGAAUGAUUAAACUUCAGCCCAGAUAUGUCUCUUUCAUCAGCUUAAGGCUGUGGGACAAGCAAACACAGAGUAUAGAAAUGUGUGAAUUAAAACCAGUUCAAUGUGUCCAUAGCAGGGUUUUCUGCAACACCUAAGCAGAAGUGCAUCGGGUUUGUGUGGCCUCAGACAGACACCCUGUCAUAUAUCACCAAAUUUUGGUUGACUUGUGUGGCAGAAGUGUGAAACGUUCAAGCAAACUAAGAGUCAGUGCUUCCUUUAAACCUCUUUACACAGACCUCAAAUAUUGGUUUGAUUAGUGAUUUGCAUAUUUGUGAUGCACUUCCAUACAUUGUGGGGCUGCUGUGACUAAAUGGUAGUUGGGCAUCUCUUAAUCAUAAAGUCAGCAGUUCAGUCCCAGUUGAUUUAAUUCUCAUGCUGAAAUGCCCAUGGACAAAACACUGAACCCCAUAUUGCUCCCAGGGACACAGCCAGCAGUCCUCAUGAAUGAAAUUAGUUAAAACUGAAAGGCACUUUAUCAGUUGACACAAACCCAGAUAUUUCUGACAUGUUGUUUUCCUUUAGUAUUACCAAAGCAGCUCAUACUGACAGCUGACAAGUUUUAGUUAACACCACUGUCACAUCUUUUGAUGGCAAGAGGACAACCACAUCAGAGAGGGGCAAUCUAAUACAACAGUUUAUUAGCAUACCAGAACAUUGCUAAACACAAAGACCCAAAGUUCAGAUCAAUAGACAGUGUACAAUACAUUUAUCACCCAUCAUGUCUGUUAUUAGCACCUCUUUUGGAAUCUUGGAGAAGUCUUACAAAAAUAGCCUAAAAGAGGUCAAACUAGAUGUUGCCUGACCACACUGUGAACUCCCUGUUUUUCAUGAGAUGUUUCCUCAAUGUACAGUUGUUUGCACAAUUCAAUUCUGUAUGCUUUCUUAAAACCAAAGGGGACCUUUAGACUGAAUUCAACCCUGGGUUAAAGCACAUCAGCUGAUCUCCAAGCACAUUUUUUCUUGAGGCACCACUGAAACAAGUAUGUACUAGCAUGCAGGAAAUAAAUAGGGAGCUUUUUGAGCUGCAAAUUAUAUAAACUACAUCAUAUGUGUCCCAGAUUGACAUAAUAGGAAUGGGAAAUUAUAAUGAGACAUUUUUACUGUUGAAUACAAUGCAGUUUGACAUGAAGCAACCAGACAUAGUUUGACAAGUAUAUUACAGGUUAAGAUAGGAUAUAAUUUGAGACCAUACUUAAAGGAAACCAAAAAAUAGAAUUAGGUAUGAGUUGAUCACACAAGACGUGACACUUGAGAAUACAGAGAGUCGCUAAAUCUGGUUGUUACUGAGCUGCAGUAUGAUAUACUACAGUGUAUUGUAUGAAACAAUAGAAAUCCCUUUUCUCCUGUUGUGUUCUUCUACUGUAAUUUCUACUGAUACAGAUGUAUUUAUAUACGUCCUGAGCCACUAUAAUGUUGUUACAACACUGUUCAGUGCUGCUUUAGCCUAUCUGCAGCAUCACACUCCUUAUUUAUUUUCCUGGUUUGCAGCUGGUAUCACUUUUUAGUCUGCAUGAAAAAGUAAAUAGCAACACAGUAAAAGCACCUGAUGGUCAAUAAAGACAAGGCAAACCUUGGUUUCAUGUUAAUUCAUGACCAGAAGAAUAUACAUAUAACAUGGGUUUACUCUCAUACCAAUAGACAAACUUUUGUUACUGUGUUAUAAGCAUUCAAAAGCUGCUUUUCAAGAUGGCAUAAAGGUUCUUAGUUGCAUGAUACUGAAAUUCAGUAACAGUACAAAGGAAGUUUGUAAAAGCCACAGCAGUGACUUCAUUUCCUCCAGAGGCUUAGCAGCUUUAGUGUGUGUGCUUGAGUCCUCACACUAUUCUCCAGCUCCAUGAAACACUUAGUUGUCACCUUUUCUGUCAGGAAACAGUUUGGUGAGCUCUCAACAAAUGAUGAGAACAGAGUGCAACAUGCAGCAUUACUUGCAUGAUUGUUUUUAUGCUGAACUGCUUGACCUGUAUAGAAGUAACUAGCAGCGGAAGUUUAAUCAUACAGCACAUUUAAAACAGCAAUCAAAGAAAUGAUCCAAAGAUGAGGAUUAGACAUAAUUUUGAGGUGUUCCAUCUUUUCUUUCGACUUCUAGUAGCUGAUUAUGGUUUUAGAGACAAUUUAACAUAUUCUGGAUAUCCUGUAAUGGUUUUAACCAUUUCACCAUGUUUUUGUUCCCACUUGUCAAAAUGCUCCGUAUGUUUACUUUCCUAUAAUACACAAGCCAGAGCCAAAGGUCCUAACCUUUUGACCACCAAAAACAGAAGAUUUAUUGCUGACUUGCAAAAGCAUUAUGUCUCUGUCUCUGUCUAAGGCUCAGAAUCAAACUAAAGACAGUGGCACCAUCUUGUGGACAAACAAAUGGCGCCAGGGAUAAAAUAGAUUCAUUGAUGAAAAUAAGAGUUGGAAGGAAAAUGAAGCACACUAAAAACAGAUAGAGCUUUAAUGUUGUACAUUUCCAAAGCAGAGUGGAUGACAAUACAUAUUUUAGACCUAGGGUGAUGUUCUCCAGCCACCUUCAGACCAGAUUGUCUACAACAAGGUUAAAGUAAUAUCAGACAACAAGCUGAGAUGAUACUAGAGAAUAGAAAUAUUUACAGAAAAGAUUGUCAGAGUUAUCAUGACACUGGACUCAUGAUUAUCAAAUAUUGUACUGUUCUUGUGAGGGUGAAAAUACAACACAUUAAAAGGGUAAUUUAAAAUUACAGUGUCAUCAUGUAUUAUGUAAAUUGUGUGCAGAGGGAAAUUUAUUUGAAAUAUAGUAUACUUAGUAUGCACAAGAUGUCAAUUGAAAACACCAGGUUCCCCCGUUGUGUUCUCAUCUUAACCAGCAGAGUGAAGGUUAAACAUAAAAAGUGUCAGAAUUAUGCUAGACCCCACCCCCACAUUAACACAAUAUCAAGAGCCAGUUACUGAUGCUUCUGGGCAGAGCUUGCUGUCAACGGUCAAGGUAAGACCACAGAGUUUUCUGAAACAAAGAGUUUAAUUUUCCUUUAAAAUCAAAUUAUUCCAUUUGUUAGCUCAGUAUUAUCUGAUUUCAGUUAAAAUACUGAACAAUGGUUACUGACUGAUUCUUUUGUUUAUAUCAGUUUUGGUGUCCACGUUGUCAAACCCUUCUCUGUAGAUGGCUAAGCUUUGGCUUCUCUUGCUCCUGUGCUGGGCAUGGAGUCCUCUGUGUGUGCCGUCCAGUAUCAGCUUCACUGGUACUCCUCAGGAGUGUGAAAAGGCUCACUUUGUGCCUGGCUACAACCUGGGAGGAGAAGGUUUUGACAUUGUCACAAUGGAGCGGAAAGGGGCCUAUGUAAUUGAUACUGAUUCCUGGAAGCUCGGCAAUGGCACCUGCAAGCUUUACAGAAACUCCUACAUGAAGGGUGAAAUCCAGAAGGUCCCGGCUGCAGUGGAGGACUGGAGAGUCCUUCCCAAGUGCAGUUCAAAAAUCUCCAGUACAGUCUAUGACUCAGCUGAAACCCUUGUCAAUGCGUCCACAUCGUCUGUGUCCAAUGACUGGAAAAUCGGCCUUGACAUCCCUGUGCCUAGUUCUGCCACUCUUGGGGUUGGCUUUGGAGGUUCCCACUCCAGAGAAUCUACCUUUGCCAUGGAGAAGUCCAAAAGAGACCACUACACCUUCAUGAGGCACUCAGUCCACUGUAGCUUCUACCGGUGAGUACGCAGUCAGAUUUUUUAACCAUCCUGUCACAAACUCCACAUGCCUCUGUGUGCCUCACUGAGAGAUGUUAAUAUAAGGCUGUGAUAGACUGAGACUAAUGUUGCAUUUCUCAUGCUUCGUAGAUACAGAAUGAAAACCAAUCCGUCUUUGAGUCCUGACUUUCAAUCAGCAGUGAGCUCCCUUCCUCCAUAUUCAUCCAAAACAGCCCUGACGUAUCGCAGAGCCAUCGACACCUAUGGUACACAUUACAUCACACAGGUGUAUCUGGGAGGGGAAAUAAAAGCAACCACUUCAGUCAGGACCUGCGAGUCAUCCAUUAAUGGACUUUCCACAACCGAAGUCAGUGACUGUUUGUCAGUUGAGGCCUCAGCCAGCUUUGUGAGCACUGCCAGCAUCAAGGCUAUGACCAAGCACUGUGAUGCAAAAAAGAAGAAGUUAGGCCAUGGUCAGAGUUUUAGCAGUACAUUUAGUGAGCGCAGCACUGAGGUCACUGGAGGAGAUAUUACUGAAGCUAAUGUCCUCUUUGAAGGGCAGGCCAACCCUACUGUCUAUAACAACUGGCUCCGUUCACUGAAAUACACACCUGAUGUGAUUCAAUACAAAAUCCAGCCCCUCCACACCAUCCUGCCAACAAGUCAUCCUGCCAGGGCCGGACUCAAGCGAGAGGUGGAGCAGUACAUCAAGAGAAAUGCAGUGCUGAAAAAAUGCUCAGAAACCUGUAAGAUCGGACACCAAUCUGCCAAAAGGGAUCCUUGUGCUUGUGUUUGCAACAGUAAUCAGCACAUCAAUGCCAACUGCUGUCCUACAGGAAAAGGUCUGGCCACACUGAAAGUGUUUGGGCUCUAUGCACGAGGUUUGUAUGGUGAUAAGUGGACCAAGACAGAUGGUUCAGUGGAGGUGAAGUAUGACCAUCAGAUCAAGCGUACUGUCAUCAUCAGUAACAACGACAACCCAAAAUGGCCGGAGAAGUUUCUAUUUGGACAAAUCACCAUCAACAUGAAAAACAGACUGACGUUCAGUGUGUAUGAUGAAGACUCUAGUUGGAACAGUGAUCUUCUUGGCACAUGUUCGUUUAUUCUGCGUAGUGGAAGAGUACGUGACUCUUGUAUGUUCAAUCACGGUACCUUCUUCUUCUCCUACAUAGUGGAGUGUGCAGUUGGUCUUGGUGGUGACCAGUGUCAGGAGUACAAGCCCGCCCCUAUGAGUGAAUCUCUGGCCAAGGUUUUCUACACCAGAAACGGGGUCCUUAGUGGAGAGGUGGGAAUGAAAAUGGAGGCCAGUGAAUCAGUCAUUCAGGUUGAGGUCAACCGCUGAUGUGACAACAUCUGAUGGUUAACAAGGGUUAAGAUCAGAACUUGAUUUCAUAAUGAUCUCACUUAUAGUAGAACAUCUUUGAUCUAUAACUUCUUUCUUUAUUCUAUUACUCCUGUCUCAAGUUUCCAAUAUUAUUACAAGUUUUUUCAACUUCUCAAGCAGUGAGCUGUAAUGUUUGUCCUCAUCCUUGCUUUUCUGCUUCUGUCCUGUUAGUAACAAAUCUGGCAAAUAAAGCAUCAACAAAGACAAAA